CCAUCUGACGGAGACGAAUCAAAAGCAGGCGGGGAGCUCGGAUAGAAUCCUAGGCUGAGCGCAGAUAACGGAAGGACAUCUAAAUGUGAGAGUAGUGAGUACACCCAGCGGAUCUUCAUGGUUUCGUUAGAAAACGGGAUGUGGCUAAUCUUGCAAUAUAACAAUACUCGCCGACCCUUGAAUUAUUAGAUGACCCUUACGCAAAGGCCCGCCAUGGCCAAAAAUCUGUUCCCGAUUCGGCGAGUCCGUCACGGCAUCUAGCCAAAUCCAAUUUCUCGCGAAGGAAUUCGCAGACAGUAUCGACAUUUUCAGUUUCCUCCUUCACCGGAUCCUACCAGGCUCCCGACGAAGUUUCGCGGGAAAGCAGCGAUCGGGGACGCCAAAUGGCCGGACAGGCAUUGGCUGAGAACAACCGGCCACUAUCCCGGCAGAUGCCUACGCGAAGUCAACAUCCAAGCGUCGCGGAUCUUUGCAAAUCUUUCGAAGAUCUGUCAAAGCCCCCCUGUCCCGUGACUCAGACGUCCAGGAGGUCCAAGCGACCUUCCGAGACACCAUUCAUCUGUACUGCUCGACGUAGCGAAGGGUUAUUCCGACCCUCCGCUUCUACAUAUCGGGAGAAGACGGCCUCAGCCACAUCCUUUUCGAUAAAUACUUCGACCAAGGCUUCGAGCGCUCCAGUUCCAUUAGGUGUUCAGCCUAGCCAAAGAGCAGCCCAACUGGAUGGAUCCGGCUUCGACGGGACGUCGCAAUUUGCGCACAACUAUACGCACGAUGGGGAGACAGCAGCAGCAAAGCUGCUCUCUCCAAUCAGACAAACAAGCCGAGUUUCCGACCUUCGGAGACGCUUCGAGCGAUGCUCACCCCCAAGCUCAUCUCCAAAAGUGAUGAGAGCUUUGUGGCAAUGUCGCCGGCGGAACAAGCCGUCCCGCGCAGCCGACAGAAACUGUGUCAAAACAAGCGAUUCAUUGGGACGUUCAACGACGGCGGGUGCCCAUAAUAUGGGCUCGUUUGGGAUGUCGUCGGUUCCUCGGUUAAACAUGAACAUUUCCCUAAGCGAUUUCUCCUGUGACUUCAACAGAACAGUCGACGAUACGGAAGCGGCGGGAGCGAGAAAACAACCCGAAGAAGUCGGCGACGGAGGUGAGUUGACUAAACAGAAGUCGCCCGUCAGAGGUCUCAUCCAGCAAUUUGAACAUCUCGGAGUCUCUUCGACUACUGGCCUAUGCCUAGGCAAGCGAGAUGAGGGCAAAGACUCCCACGUGCACGAAGCUUUGACUGAAAAGAGUAGUGUCGAAAAUGUCAAAAGGCGGGCAAGCUGGGUUAUGUUGAGGCAGCGGAGUAUUGUAAUGUGGCGGCGAAUCUCGAACCCGUUUACCCGACCGUCGUAUGGUGGAAGUGACGGCAACGUGGAUAGAGACAAGCCCAAUUCUAGCGUAUCGGAUAACGCGAGUGUUGCUGAGCUAUGUCCUAAGCGAUCUCGACAGCAAUAUCGCCGUUCAGACGUUCCUAGCUGCGAUUCGCAUCAUGGACUGGCCCGCUCUUCGCCCGACGUCCAAUUACCCAGCGAGCGAAAUACCAAUGUCAAGCAUGAAUUGGCGGUCAAACCCAAGGACCAGCCUCAGUAUCUAACAAGGAGCCCGUCCUUGUCGCGCUGUGCCUCGCCCAACGUAACCGAUCCUUCACUUCUACACCCUCCGUAUGAUCGCCUACGGCCUUCGAACGAGCUGGUCAGUUUUGACCUUGAUGGUUCCGAACUUUCCAAGGGACGCAAGCAUAGGGACACCUCUCUCGACGGGCAAAGUCGUGAUUCUCCCGAUCCGCCCCCCUCUUGGGCCGCCUCCCAAAACAGUCAUGAGGCCCUGCCUCCCGUAGGGUCAAUGGAAAAGAUGGCGGAACGUAGACGCCGGCGCCUCGAAAAGAAAAGAUUUGACCAAGAGGAGAAAGAGAAGAAAAAGGAGAAAAAGGCAAAGGGCAAAGGUAAAGAGAAGGAUACGUUACCCAGCGAAAUAAAGGGCCAGGGCAUCGGAGGGGACACACAGGGUGGGGGAAAGGAGACUGAGGUGGCGACUGAAAAGGAGAAGGAGAGCAGUUUGGGUAGGAUGGCCGGAUCGGGCUUUGUAGUGCGCCAGGUCAACGGCGUGAGUCUUAGGCACCCGAAGCCCAGGAGACCGGGGCAAGUCCAGAAGAUUAUCAACAUGUUUAAGGAGAAGACUAGGAGCGGAUCCAAACUGACCAGUGGAAGUGGCAUCGGGUCCGCCUCUGGCGGGGGAAGUGGUUAUGCUGCCGCAGUCAAUGAGGGGGCAAAGUAGACGGUGGGAACGAAUUAGUAGCACGAGAUUCGCGAGAUAAAUAAGUCGUCGUUAGAGUAUAUUGGCUAGUGCGCAGUCGACGAAAAGGGAAGAUGGGGAUGAGACUACCAUGAUGGAGAGGUUGAGCAGUCGGCGACCACCUAAUGAACCCUUUUACUCAGGGGAGGCGGG